AUGGGGAAAUGCAAAGCCUGCAUCUGGGGAUAUCUGAGGAUCUCACUGCUGGUUGGAUUCAUCAGUGUAAAUAAUUCUCCAUGGACGGAUUACAGUGCAUACAGCUACUUUCAGAUUGUCACCAUGUGUGACUUGGUUAUGAUUUUGUUCUUCUACAUUAUCCACAUUUUCAGAAUCUACAGGAAGCUCACUUGUGUUAGCUGGCCACUUGCAGAGUUUCUUCAUUAUUUAAUUGGUACAAUUCUGCUUCUCAUUGCAUCAAUUGUAGCAGCAUCCAAGAGUUACAAUUUGACUGGACUAGUGGCUGGAGCGACUUUCGGGUUCCUAGCUACGAUCCUUUGUGUUUUAAGCAUAUGGUCAUCCUACAAGGUUUCGUGCAUCACGCAGUCAACAGAUGCAUCUGUAUGACUCCUUCAUCUCUGCAAGACAUCUGCCUUACAAAAUAGGAUACCAAAGGAGCGUCCACUACUGAGGAGAGAGCAUGGGUGUUACUAGCCUCAACAGCCGGUAGCUUUUGAAGAUCUAUCUGAAUGCCUUUGCAAAACAAUGUUGUGAACCAAAUUUUUUUUGCUCUCCCCACCCCCCAACUCCCAAGAAGUUUAUAAUGGAAAGCCUGCUUUUUAUGAACUCUACAGAGAAAAACAACCUCUGUCUUCCAAGCUGGGCUGUGGUCAUUUCCAGCUAUUUGUAAUAUGUGCAUUUAAAACUCAUUUCGAGAGUCAUUUGGUUCUCCUUUCAAAGGGAUGGAAAAAUGGCUUCUGAUUUCCUCCAUCUGUUUACAGAAGGGAAAUCCUGCAAAUUCCUACCUGAUUCUUAACUUCCAAGGAUGAUUUGUUUCACAAAGGAACUGUUACAAACUGAUAUGUGCCUCAAUAAGCUGACCCAAGUCUUUGUUACCUCUUUCUAUCAGAACUGUGGACUUUUUCUAACAUGAGCUCAGUCAGCAUCAAAAAUUAUGAACUGCAACUUGAAUACAUCACUGCAAACACUCCCUCAUAACCCUGACUGUACAUGAUGAAAUCAGGUUUUUUCUCUAUGCGUUUUUACAGUUUAUUAACAAUCAAAGAUUAUUCUUAAAAACUUCCCUCUGCCAAAUACAGGAAAAUACAUACCAAAGAAUAUGUGUUUAAUGUUUUGUGGGAUCUUUUUUCUUCCUUUUCACAAAUACUCAGUUGUGAAAUGGGUAUUUGUAAGACCUGUUAUGUAGAAAAUUUCUAUGCAUUUCCUAUAAAUUAUUCUCUUUGGAAUCUAACAGCGUUUAUGGGAAGCCCACUGUGAAUGGAGCAAUGUGCUUAUUCCUCUCUCUUACAUGCAGUUUGUCCCUUCUUCUGCCUCUGCUGGGAUCCACGCUUUCAGUUCAGUUUUGCCCAAUGUGGUAUUGUCAUGAAGUUCUAUGUAAUUUUGAGGCACCUUUGUCUUUCUCUCUUUUUGCAGUCCAUGUCUGGUGAGCUGGGAAUUCUUUGCAGGAAAGAUGGAAGCGCAUGCCCGUCCUCCUCAGUGCUUCCCCUUUUAUGUCUAGCUGUGAAGUAGAACUUGUAAGUUAGUCUCUUCUAUCAGGACAACUAUGUGAUGGUGCAGCAGGUUUCUGCAAAAAGUAGGAUUUAUGCAGUUUGCCAGGUCCAAUCUGGAGGAAAAAAGCAUUUUCUGGCCUGCUAUCCAUUUUCUAUUUGUCUGAAAUUCUGCAUCAAUACUGCUAAGAAAUUUAAUGGUGUCCUCAGAAAAUUCUUUUUGUGCCUCACAGCAGGUCAUCAUACAUUGCCAUUUGUUGUCACCUUGUUUUUUUAUCUCAUCCAAUAUAUGUAACUUUAUUUUGAUUUUUUUUAACUCUUUGACAAGAGAAAUUGGCCAACUGCUCAAGUGUCAAAAAUUUAGAGUAAGUAAAUGAAAAUAACUGAGCGGAUAACCUGGAAAGGUAGAAAACCCCCCUCCUCACGGUGCACAGUUUCUGUGAUUCACUGUUCCUUUUCUUAAGUGCCCUAUUUACAGCAACACAGAGCAGGAAACAAUUUG